AUGAAAUUCGCUGUAGUAGUAUUCGUUGCAAUUUUCGGUAUUACUUUUGCCGCACCAUUAGAUAGUCCACAAAAUGCACAAAUUUUAAGACAAGAAUUGGAUAAUAUCGGUGUUGAUGGUUAUAAAUUCGCUUAUGAAACAAGUGAUGGUAUUACACGUGAAGAACAAGGUGAAUUAAGAAAUGCUGGUACUGAUAAUGAAGCAAUUUCAGUACGUGGUUCAUAUUCAUUUGUUGCUGAUGAUGGUCAAACAUAUACAAUAACAUAUAUUGCUGAUGAAAAUGGUUUUCAACCAGAAGGUGCACAUAUUCCUAGAGCAUAA